UCUUCUGUCCAGCGUUUGCACCACCAAGCCACACACACAAACGCCAGCAACAUGAAGGUGGUGUACCUCCUCGCAGCAGUGGUCGCGUGCGCGCUGGCCGAGCCGCCGUCGGAGCGCCAGUACCUGCCCCCCGGCCCCCAGGGCGACGCCGGUGGAUACGCCCCCAACGGCAGGGACUUAGCGGCCGACAACUCCCCGUCCGCCCUGUACGGCGCCCCGCAGGCGGCCAGCACCUUCGACAGCUCCAGCUCGCUGUCCACCGAGUACGGCGUGCCGUCCGCCUCCGCAGCUCUCGGCCGGUUCAACGGCGCCGCCUCCGCUUCGUCCUUCAGCGGACAGCGAUCAGCGUCGACCGUGAGCUUCGGCAGGGCCGGCCCCGUCCCCGCCAGGUCCGCUGCCGCCCCCGGCUCCUCGUACGGCGCCCCCGCCUCCGCGCAGUUCGACGCCGGCUCAGCCUCAUUGUCCACGCAAUACGCCUCCAGCCGCUUCGCCGCCGCCCCCAGCUCUGCGUAUGGCGCUCCCUCAUCUGCCGCCUCCAGCCGAUUUGCCGCCGCCCCCAGCUCUGCAUACGGCGCUCCCUCAUCUGCCGCUUCUAGCCGAUUCGCCGCCGCCCCCAGCUCUGCGUAUGGCGCUCCCUCAUCUGCCGCCUCUAGCCGAUUCGCCGCCGCCCCCAGCUCCGCUUAUGGUGCCCCAUCUUCAGCCGCCUCCAGCCGAUUCGCCGCCGCCCCCAGCUCUGCGUAUGGCGCUCCCUCAUCUGCCGCCUCUAGCAGAUUUUCCGCCGCCCCCAACUCUGCGUAUGGCGCUCCCUCAUCUGCCGCCUCUAGCCGAUUCGCCGCCGCCCCCAGCUCUGCGUAUGGCGCUCCCUCAUCUGCCGCCUCUAGCAGAUUUGCCGCCGCCCCCAGCUCUGCGUAUGGCGCUCCCUCAUCUGCCGCCUCCAGCCGAUUUGCCGCCGCCCCCAGCUCUGCGUAUGGCGCUCCCUCAUCUGCCGCCUCUAGCAGAUUUGCCGCCGCCCCCAGCUCCACGUACGGCGCCCCCGCCUCCAGGCAGUCUGACGCUGGCGCCGCCCCCAGCCCCGUUUAUGGCGUUCCCGCCACCGGGUACAGUGGAGUGCAGACCGAAGAUCCUCUCGCUGAGCCGGCCAACUACCAGUUCAGCUUCGAGGUCCAGGACGAGCAGUCGGGCAGCGAGUUCGGGCACCAGGAGAGCCGCCAGCUGGAGGCCGCGCAGGGCUCCUACCACGUGCUGCUGCCCGACGGCCGCACGCUCGUCGUCGACUACCAGGCCGACGAGGGCGGCUACAAGCCCGAGGUGCGCUACGAGGAGCCCUCUGCAGGGUACCCCGCCGCCCGGGGCGGCCCCGCCGGGCCCUACUAGGCCCUGCUAGGCCCUGCUAGGCCCUGCCGCACGCUCACCGACACACAUCGUGAUACUACACUGUCCUCUGUACAAAACCUUGUAGAGCUAGUGUUCGUAAUAAAUAUAUUUAUCUUCUUAUUUA